AUGCAGGAGGUUCUGGGGGCCCGCAAAUCGACCUCGGAGAAGGCGUACCUGAUAAACGUGAGCGUCCGACUCUUCUUUGCCCGAUGUCACCAACCACAAGACGAACAUGGCUUUCGGGUCGGCCCAGAUCGUUUUGACGGAGGAGUUCAGUUGGGUCAAUCGACUCCUCCGAGUCAAAGAUCAGCUGUCCGGCGGACCCUCCGCCAAGUUCCUAUAUUUCACUUCGACUUUUUCCUGUCGGAGACCCCUCCGCAGUCCUGCCGCUUGACCAAAAAAGCCCUGGUCGGCCUCCGCAGGGAGAUGGGGGCGCUCCGCAAGUCUCUGAAGAGGGGCGUGGCCGUCCACCAGACGCAGGUCAAGGAGGGCAAGGAGGUCAACAUCAUCCGAAAGCCCACCCUCCGCAAGUGCAGGGAACUCGCCGCCAAGGCCAUCCCGGACCUUUUGACCCUCCUGGAGAACGAGCCCACCCAGAAGACCCUGUGGAGGUUCUACGAGCACUUUGCGGCGCUGCUCGCCUGCGUGUACGGCCACAGAGGGGGGGUUCUCCAAAACAUAACUAUGCAGGAGGUUCUGGGGGCCCGCAAAUCGACCUCGGAGAAGGCGUACCUGAUAAACGUCGCCAACCACAAGACGAACAUGGCUUUCGGGUCGGCCCCAAUUGUUUUGACGGAGGAGUUCAGUUGGUCCUGCCGCUUGACCAAAAAAGCCCUUGUCGGCCUCCGCAGGGAGAUGGGGGCGCUCCGCAAGUUUCUGAAGAGGGGCGUGGCCGUCCACCAGACGCAGGUCAAGAAGGGCAAGGAGGUCAACAUCACUUGA